CUGUAGUUGUGUAUAUGAUGAAUAAUUUAUUUAUGAUGAUGAUGAUGAUGUUUUGUUAUAAAAAUCGAUGAUUGGGUUGUAUAUAAAUACUCUGUAUGUUUGCAAUUUGAUCCACAGAAAGAAUAUUAUUAUUGACCAUUACUUAAAUAAUUUUUUUUUGUUUCAAGAAUCACUAGGAAAAAAAACAUAACAAUGUUUCGACGAGAAUCAUUUUCAAUGAUGAAAAUUAUUCUUGUAUUGUGUUUAAUAUGGAUCUGUUUAUUCAAUGAUGUUCGUGGCUGUUUCAUUACUAAUUGUCCACGAGCCGGUAAACGUUCCAUUAUGACUGAAUCUAAUUUAGGAUCGAAUCAUCUGGCUAGAGAGUGUACACGUUGUGGUCCAUCAUUGUCUGGACGAUGUUAUGGUCCGAAUAUCUGUUGUUCACCAUUGACUGGAUGUAAUAUUGGUGGUUUUACUGCUGCACGCUGUUCAUUGGAAGCAUAUCAUCCAAUUUUAUGCACGAAUCCUGGUACUGUUUGCGGACCAAAUGGUAAAGGUGUAUGUGCAUUGAAUGCAACAUGCUGUACAAAUGAUGGCUGUUUUAUUGAUAAAUCCUGUACACAAUUAUCGAACGAUUCCAAUGAUCUUUAACUUAACUAUUGCCAACACAUUCCAUUAUUGAUUGAUUGAUUACGAUGAUUGUAUUUUCAAAAAAAAACAAAACAAAAUCGUUGAUUAUUUUUCUGUUAAUCAUAAUUUAAAUUCAAUUACGAACCAACAAUGAGCAAGUGAAUGGAAAGAGAGAGAGAGAGAGAGAGGGCAAAUCAAAAUUUAACACAUAUAAAUGAAU